CGCGCGCGGACCUGUGAGAAGACAACCAAGCAUUACGUUUGGUGUUUUUACACUUUAUACACGAAAAUACAUAUUCGUAUGUGUAUAUUUUUCACAGGUGGCUAUUUAUUACCAUUUCCUAUGGUAUGUAUAAGUUUUUAGGUGUUUUAGCGAUGUUUAUAGCCAGUUGUGACAAGAAAUCACGUUGUUAUCAGGCCUCGGCAGAGUGCUUAGACAGCCAUUUGCUGUACAAACUCACUAACACAGACGGGGCUUAACCGUACGAGAGCGAACGUAAACACAGCCAAUCAGGACAGCUGAUUAUAGACCAAUCACUGGCUUCCCCGCGCAAGUCCGACUUCAAGAGAGCGAGCAGUAGAGUUGUGUGCCUCAGUUUCACUUGUGAAUCGAGAUGGCACGUACAAAGCAGACAGCCCGUAAAUCCACCGGAGGAAAGGCUCCCCGUAAACAACUGGCCACCAAGGCUGCUCGUAAGAGCGCCCCGGCUACCGGAGGUGUAAAGAAACCUCACAGAUACAGGCCCGGUACCGUAGCUCUUCGUGAGAUCCGUCGUUACCAGAAGAGCACUGAGCUUUUGAUCAGAAAGCUGCCCUUCCAGCGUCUGGUCCGUGAAAUCGCCCAGGACUUCAAGACUGACCUCCGUUUCCAGUCUUCAGCAGUCAUGGCUCUGCAGGAGGCUUCCGAGGCUUACCUUGUUGGUCUGUUUGAGGACACUAACUUGUGCGCCAUCCACGCCAAGCGUGUCACCAUCAUGCCCAAGGACAUCCAGCUGGCCCGCCGUAUCCGUGGGGAGAGCUUAAACAGCAGUCUGCUCACAACUAUCAUAACGACUUCUGGGUCUUCUUGGGGAGAAGAACAGCCUGGAUGUUGGGAGGACACCACCCUGGGCGAUGGUUACUCCGGACAGAAGCUUGUUCAACUCCUCGUCGUUCCUGAUGGCCAGCUGCAGAUGUCUGGGGAUGAUUCUGGUCUUCUUGUUGUCUCUGGCGGCGUUACCUGCCAACUCGAGAACCUCAGCGGCGAGGUAUUCCAGAACGGCAGCCAGGUAGACUGGGGCUCCGGCACCCACGCGCUCGGCAUAGUUGCCUUUACGGAGGAGACGGUGGAUACGUCCAACGGGGAACUGAAUUCUAAAGGAGCAAAGAAGGCCGGUAAGGCAAAGGCCGCCCGCGUCGGCGACAAGAAGAAGAAGAGGAGGAGGAAGGAAAGUUACAGCAUCUACAUCUACAAGGUGUUGAAACAGGUCCACCCUGAUACCGGUAUCAGCAGCAAGGCUAUGUCCAUCAUGAACAGCUUUGUUAACGAUAUCUUCGAGAGAAUCGCCGCUGAGGCAUCCCGUCUCGCCCAUUACAACAAGCGAUCCACCAUCACCUCUCGGGAGAUACAAACUGCUGUCCGCCUCCUCCUCCCCGGUGAACUGGCCAAGCACGCCGUCUCUGAGGGCACCAAGGCUGUCACCAAGUACACCAGCUCCAAAAUCGAGAUGGCACGUACAAAACAGACAGCCCGUAAAUCCACCGGAGGAAAGGCUCCCCGUAAACAACUGGCCACCAAGGCUGCUCGUAAGAGCGCCCCGGCUACCGGAGGUGUAAAGAAACCUCACAGAUACAGGCCCGGUACCGUAGCUCUUCGUGAGAUCCGUCGUUACCAGAAGAGCACUGAGCUUUUGAUCAGAAAGCUGCCCUUCCAGCGUCUGGUCCGUGAAAUCGCCCAGGACUUCAAGACUGACCUCCGUUUCCAGUCUUCAGCAGUCAUGGCUCUGCAGGAGGCUUCCGAGGCUUACCUUGUUGGUCUGUUUGAGGACACUAAGUGCGCCAUCCACGCCAAGCGUGUCACCAUCAUGCCCAAGGACAUCCAGCUGGCCCGCCGUAUCCGUGGGGAGAGAGCUUAAACAGCAGUCUGCUCACAACUAUCAUAACGGUCCUUUUCAGGACCACCAAA